UAAGUUUAAUGGCUAUCUUUAAACAUCCUUUGUAGAGAUAGAUUAGUAACCUCUCCACCAACAUAUAAUUUACAUUAUAUAUACUCCCCAAACCCUGGUCUGGCGUUGGGAGCUCAUAGGAUUUUACUUCCUUGUUGACAGGGAAAGUGUAAUUAAGUUUCUGCCCAGCCCACUCUGAGUUACACUCUCCAUCCUCAUGGCGUCUUCCUCAUUAUCUCAUCAACAAAGUAUGGAAUCUGACCCUUUCAGUGAAUUUCAAAGGGAAGGGUUCAGUGUUGUAUGUACAAAAGGAUAUGAUGCAUUCAUUAACCACCGGGGUCCUGACAUCAAAGAGUCUGGUGCUUCAGAAAUUUACAAUUGUGUGCAGGUUAUGGGAUAUCGGCCAUUUCUUGAUCAGCCAGAGUUGCAAUUGGGAGAUCCAAUUCCCUCUACCAUACAAAAUGCCGUAAACACUUCCACAGUUCAAAUCUCCAUCUUCUCACCACGAUAUACAGAGUCCCCGUGGUGUCUGGAUGAGCUGCUUCUCAUGUUGAAAACUAAGGCUCGGUUUAUUCCUGUAUUUUGUGAUGUAAAGCCUUCUGACCUUCGCUACCCUCACAAGGGAGUUUAUGGGCGUGCAUUGGGUGAGCAUGAAGAAAAGGGGAGGUUCAGCAAUGAGAGGCUUCAACAGUGGAAAGAAGCCCUCAAAUCUUCGUCAUUCUUAUGCGGCUACAUUUUCAGCACGUCUAAUGGUAAUGUCAAGACCCUGUGUAGAAAGAUUGCCUUGGCUGUGAAGCAAGAGGUUGAAAACACAAGAUGUAUGGAAGUUGCAAAAUAUCCGGUAGGACUUGAUGAUCUGGUGGAGGAUUUUGAAAGGCAGACUGCAAGGAAAGGGAAUCUUGUUGGGAUCUUUGCGAUGGGGGGUUCUGGAAAAACAACCCUAGCCAAAGAAUUGUUUAACCGCAAAAGGUGGAGUUACCAUGGAUCAAGUUUUUUUUUGAUGUGAGAGAAGCAUCUGCUAGAGAUGAAUUAACUUGUUUGCAAAGUCAGCUCCUCAGAGACCUCUUCCUCGAAGAGCGGAAAUUUAUGAGUAAAAGUGAAGGGAAAUCCUUUCUGAAGCAGCGAAUGCGGAGAUCUAGCAAUCGAUUCCUUAUUGUUUUGGAUGAUGUUGAUGACCACCAGCAGCUAGAUGCUCUCUUGUUAUGAGAUGCACUCAAUUCUGGUAGUCUGGUCAUUGUCACAACUCGUGAUGAGAGUGUGCUAACAAGAGCCGGAAUUACCCGUCAUUAUAUAUUGAAAGAAAUGAAAAGAGGUCAUGCAAAAGAGCUCUUCUGUAGGCAUGCAUUAGGGCUGGCAAAAGCGCCCACUGGAUAUGAGAAGUUAGUUGAUAGCUUCGUACAAUUCUGUGGAGGUUUACCUCUGGCUAUACAAGUGUCCGCUGCGACUCUUUUAGGCAUCGCUGAUGUGAAUAUUUGGCGGUCAGAGUUGCAAAAAUUUAAGAGUACUCUGAAUCUGGAAAUAAAAACGAAGCUUGGCAUUAGUUUGGGCAGGCUAGACCCAUGGUGGGUAUUGGGAACGGUAUGUGUGAAUUUCAGUAUGAUGGCCCCUCUGUUUUUCAAAUGCAUGAUCUUCUUCGAGAUCUAGGCAGAGAAAUGGCAAGAGAAACUUCUCCCCUUCGACUCUGGCGUCCUCGAGACCUUAAAUUUAUGGAAAAGAAGGGAUUAAAAAAUAUCCUCGCCGAAACCAAAGACAAAAAAAUUAGGUGUUUCAAUUCAAAUUUUGAUUUGUCCAUGAAAUGCCAAAUCACAUAUAUCUUGGGAAACUCAGAUGAUCGUGAUCUUGCGUUAACUGAUUUGCUAUGGAUUGAGCUUCAAGUGAAUGGACUUGAAUGGACAAGCAUCCCUUCAUGGAUUCCUCUGGAAAACUUGCAGUGUUUAAGAAUCAUCGGAGGACAUCUUCAGAGAUUGUGGCAGAAAGAUGACCAGGUCCCUUUCCAGUUGAAAGAGUUGCUGCUUUAUCGAACCUCAUCUGCAGAGUUUCCAAAUGAACUAAGAAAGCUGCAUAAUUUGGAAAAAUUAGUCCUACAAGGAAGCUUCACUAAUAUGCCCGUCGUUGAUGGGAAGUCCUUAUCAGAAACCCUUGGAAAACUGGGUAAUCUUAAAAGCUUGGUUUUAGUAAAUUGCGAAUUAAAUGGGGAUCUGACUCUGAGCAGUAGUGGAUAUGCAGAGAGUGAGUAUAAGACAGGUAUAUGCAAUAAGCUUAAAAGAGUUGCCAUUCAUGAUGUAGAUUUGUCAUCCGAGGUCUUAGACUAUUGGCCCAGACUUAAAUGUAUUGUCCUUGAUUCCCUGAAAAAUUUAAGUAAAGUGCAUUUGUGGCUGGUAAAACCAUUGAAUCGUCUGAAGUUCAAAAAUUGUAGAAGAUUGAAAAGUGUAUCAGGGAAAUUGGACCAAAGAAAGCAUACACAAUUGAUCAUCAGUAAUUGUCCACGGCUUCAAAAGUUACCAAGACAACUUGUGAGUUAUUUGAACUCCAUUGAAGUUGACUGUUUAAUAUCCUUUAAUGCAAAUAAAGACUUGAAAGGAAUAGACUAUCUCCAUCUUUCAAAUGGAAAAGUCAAGAAAUACAGGACCUACUGUUCAAAGCUAUCAAAGAUACUCAGCAUGCUAUCAUCUUGAAUGUCUAGAAUUUCAAGCUUCUUAUAGUUGUAACCGGAGCAGCAUUAAUAAGAUAAAGUGUUGUAGAUUA